AUGGCCAGUCCUGUUCAUGGCGAAUAUGCUCAACCCUUGCCGAGUCCGCCGGCCGCCUACCUCCGAUCAACGCCUCCUUUUCCUGAAUCAACUCCUCGAACCAUCCCGAACCGCCCCCAGAGCUUGAACCUCAGUCGCAAACCAGUUGCCCCUGCACAGUCGGAAGCAUCACCUGUGAUUCAAAACUCGCCGCGCUCACCGGUCAAGAUCGAUCAUGGCGCAGUCAUCCCCCAGCCGUCCAGCGCCGAGAUCGAACCACCUUACAAUGGGCCCAUCACGCCCCAAUUGGAGCUCUCCGAGUUCACCGACAUGACGCUCGAGGAUUCAUUGCAACAACCACGCCAGAGCUGGAACCCUUCCUAUCCUCCGCGGAGAGACUCGACAAAGGCUCCGCAGUACAAACAUCCGCACCCAUAUGGACAUACCCCCGCCAGCAGCGGCUCGUGGUCAGUGGUAGAGCCCAAGGACGAUGGAGGACACGGAAAUCCGAAAAAGAGUGGCUCCUCUCUGGAACGCGAAGGUUUGAGCUACAACAGUUCUUCCAGGGGCAGUUUGGAUAGCGUGGCGCAGGCGUCGGACAGCUACGAGCCUCUUGCCUACCACCACCAGCAACAGCCCGCAAAAACUGCACGCAAGCCCGUGCCAGAUCCCGCAGAGAACCCCUCAGGGUCUACAGACAAGCUAGCAGUGCGGCGGUCGAGAAUUUCCCGACCUCUUUCGGCAUACUCGUCCAAUUCAGAUGUGGGAGGCCACCGCCGCAAUCUCUCCGCAUCGCCGUACCUACAAGGCCGCUCCGGAUCACGAAAUUCCACCGCGUCCCCAGAUACCCGGCCUCUGUCGGUCAUCGACCUGCUCAACACCUCCUACCCCCAACCAGGACCAACAGCCGUUCAAUUCGGCAAUUCCCGCCUUCAGGCCUCAGUCGGCAACAAUGCCUCCCUCCUCAGCCACAAAGAAACAUUCGAAAUGUACCUCGCAAAUGUCAAAAAGACCGACGAGCCAACAGUCCUCUACGAAUUUGCCGUCUUCAUGAUCAACUCCAUGCGCGAAAUGCCAGCUGUCGACCUCGAAGACGCAAGCCCAAUUACCCGCGCCCGUCUCCUCCGCGAGUCAAAAUCAAUCCUCCAGCGCCUUGCAGACCGCAGCUACCCCUUCGCGCAAUAUUACCUAGGCGACGGCUACGCGUCAGGCCUCUUCAACAAAGGAAAAGAAGACCACGACCGAUCCUUCCCGCUCUUCGUAGCAGCCAGUAAACACGGCCACGUCGAAGCCUGCUACCGCACAGCCCUCUGCUACGAAUUCGGCUGGGGCACCCGCCCCGACGGAAGUCGCGCCGUCCAAUUUUACCGCCAAGCCGCCUCAAAGAACCACCCAGGCGCAAUGAUGCGCAUGGCGAAGGCCUGUCUAGCUGGCGAUAUGGGUCUCGGCAAACGCUACCGCGAGGGUAUCAAAUGGCUCAAGCGCGCGACCGAGUCCGCAGAUGCACAGUAUAACGCGGGACCGUACGAGCUAGGCGUACUCCAUGAAACAGGAUUCGGCGACGACGUCUUCCCAGACGCUACAUACGCUGCGCAAUUGUUCACCAAAUCCGCUGAACUGGGCCAUGUCGAGGCUUGUUAUAGACUUGGUGAUGCAUAUGAGCAUGGCAAGUUGGGUUGUCCACGCGAUCCGGCGCUCAGUAUCCAUUUCUAUACUACUGCCGCGCAGAAUGGACAUUCUCUUGCUAUGAUGGCGCUUUGUGCCUGGUACCUUGUUGGUGCGGAGCCUGUACUGGAGAAGGACGAUGAAGAGGCGUAUGAGUGGGCUGUGCGAGCUGCGCAUUUAGGUCUUGCGAAGGCCCAGUAUGCUGUGGGUUAUUUCACAGAGAUGGGUAUUGGCUGUCGACGGGACCCGCUCGAGUCGAAUGUUUGGUAUGUCAAGGCUGCUGAGCAGGGCGAUGAGCGGGCCAGACAUCGUAUUGCUACGAUUAGUGCUGCGGCCGAUGGGGUUCGGACUAAGGGAUCUGGAGGUGGGGGAAGACUGAGGAAGUCUGAGCCAAAGGUCCAGGCACCUGCUAUGGCUCAGGUUCCAGCAAAGAGUUCAGAAGCCGAGAAACCGAAACAGAAGCGUUUCGUCAUUUUCUGA